AUGACAACCAACCUGUACGCCGUAGCAGGUCCAUCCAAACCAUCAUCCAUCGUAUCGACCGUAUCGUCCACUUCACCCAAAUCUGAACCUCCCUCACCACUCAGAUCCAUCAACCCUCUGCCUACCAUAUCAACCGCAACGAAUACGGGUGUAUCAAAACCGGGUAUGAGUCUAGAUGAGAAUGGCGAAGUACUCAAGGUACCUGCGUUCCUGAAUAAGCUGUAUACGAUGGUCAGUGAUGAGUCGGUGAACGAUUUGAUAUAUUGGGCGGAUAAUGGGGAUAGUUUCUUUGUACCGAAUGCUGAGCAGUUUGGACGAGAGUUGCUGCCUAGAUGGUUCAAGCAUUCCAACUUUUCGAGUUUUGUGAGACAACUGAAUAUGUAUGGUUUCCAUAAAGUACCACACCUCCAGUCUGGCGCCUUGAAGAAUGAGACUCCCGUCGAACUUUGGGAAUUCGCCAAUCCAUUCUUCAAACGUGGUCAACCCGACCUACUCGUCAAGGUAACUCGUAAGAACAACCGACCAGGCAAUCCGACACCAGCACCUUCGACCGGUUCUGGAUCACUCAACACUCGUUCUGCCACCCAGGCCGCUGCUGCUGCUUCUACAUCCACACCGACCGCCCCUCAAGGUAAAUACCUGAUCACCGAUGGGUCAGUCGAGGGCGAGGCGAAUCAAUUGGUCGGACCUUCCGGACAGGUAUUAGAUAUCAACGCUAUUCAUUCUGGUAUAGCUGCUAUCAGACAGACUCAAGCUACAAUAGGAGCGGAUUUGAGGAAAUUACAAGCGUCCAACGAAGCGUUGUGGAGACAAGCUUAUGAGACUCAGGAGAAACAGAGGAAACAUGGUGAAACUAUCGAUCUGAUCGUUUCGUUCCUUGAACAGUUGUUUGGGACUCAGGGAGAAGGACUGAAAGGUUUGAAGGAAGCUAUGAAACGAGGUGGUUUGGGUCGACCUAGAGAGGAUAGUAAUUCGGAAGAAAAUGUAACGGGAAGUGCGAAGAAGAGGAAAAGGUUGGGACUAGAUAGGAUGAUUCAGAGUGGUCCGGUGGAAGAGGAAGAUGACGAUGAUAGAUUGGUUGAGAUUGGGUCGACCUACUCGAUGCCAUCUCUCAAACGAGCGGCUACGACCCCCGAAUCAUGGUCAUCUUCCGCUCAGCGAUUCACCACUCUCCCCACCGAAGAUGAUUCCUCGACACCUACUGGAACCUCCAGAGCGGCUUCGAAGGGACUUACACCCGGAGCGGAACAGACAUUAGGAACGAACCAUCUGUCCCCCUUAUCCGAUACCGACCACUUACUCCCCAACGAUAACAACGCACUUGCUCGUUACAACGCUCCCAUCCCUCAAUACAACCAACAACUCAACCUCAAUCCUACUUCAUCUCAACCCCUUCUCUCGCCUACAUCGGCAGAAGCCGCAGCUUCAGCAUACAACCUCGAUCCGUCAUUAUUGCAGACUACCAUCGGGUCUUUGAUCCAAUCUCCAGCAGCUGCUCAGAUGUUUUUGAACUCGCUAAACAAUUCCGUCCAAGGUCAAGCACUUCAGUCGACUAAACCCGCACCAACACCUACACCUCAGCAGGCGAAUUAUCCAACUACUGGAGAUACCUCAUUAGAUCCGACAUUAGCCUUGUUCUCCCCGUUACCCAACCAAGAUAGCUUGAUGCAGAAUACGAAUGAUCUGAUGAAAUCGUAUCAAGAUGCUGUAGGUGUUAAUGGAGGGGUAGAUCAAUUACAGGAGAGUAUAGAUUCGUUGGUGCGUUCGAUGGGAUUGGAUCUGCCCAAUGGAACGAACAAUGGUCUGGACCCGUUACCUGUCAACCAUAACAUGAAUAAUGCAGAUAGUACUGGUGCGGGAGUGGGCGAACAGUUGAUUGACCCGGAUUUCAACGUCGAUGAGUUCCUGGAACAUCUAGCUAAGAGUGAUGAAGAUCCUACGGUGUUGAAUGGUGGUGCUGGAGUAGGAACGGGGAAUGGUAUUUAG